GUUUGCCCUUAGUGGAGUAGAUGCCACUUGACAAGGGGCUUCUGGGUACCAGGCUGUUGCUGCAACCGAGACAUGUGGGAUCGCUGGAAGGAAAAGCAGUCCUGGAUGGGGCGAAGGAAAGCAAUCUCCCGGGCAGGCCUCCAGCACCUGGCUCCUGCACAGCCUCUCAGCCUUCCUGUGGCCAAUGGUCCAGCAAAGGAGCCCAGAGCUACUCUGGACUGGAGUGAGAACGCCGUGAAUGGGGAGCACCUGUGGCUGGAGACCAACGUCUCAGGCGACCUCUGCUACCUAGGAGAGGAGAACUGCCAAGUCCGAUUUGCAAAAUCGGCUCUCAGGAGGAAGUGUGCAGUCUGUAAAAUUGUGGUCCACACCGCCUGCAUUGAGCAGCUAGAAAAGAUUAAUUUCCGAUGUAAGCCAACAUUUCGAGAAGGAGGCUCGAGGUCACCCAGAGAAAAUUUUGUCCGACAUCACUGGGUGCACAGACGCCGGCAGGAGGGGAAAUGUAAGCAGUGUGGUAAGGGUUUCCAGCAAAAGUUCUCCUUCCACAGUAAAGAGAUCGUGGCCAUCAGCUGUUCCUGGUGCAAGCAGGCGUUUCACAAUAAGGUGACCUGCUUCAUGCUGCAUCACAUAGAAGAGCCCUGCUCCCUGGGGGCCCACGCUGCUGUUAUUGUCCCACCCACUUGGAUCAUUAAGGUGAAGAAACCUCAGAACUCCCUGAAGGCCUCCAAUCGGAAGAAGAAGAGAACGAGCUUUAAAAGAAAAGCCAGCAAGAGGGGGGCGGAGCAGGAAAACAAAGGGCGUCCUUUUGUGAUAAAGCCUAUCUCCUCUCCUCUCAUGAAACCUUUGCUUGUGUUUGUGAACCCCAAGAGUGGAGGAAACCAGGGAACCAAAGUCCUGCAGAUGUUCAUGUGGUACUUGAACCCGCGACAAGUCUUUGAUCUCUCUCAGGAAGGGCCAAAAGAUGCGCUUGAGUUGUAUAGGAAAGUCCCAAAUCUACGAAUUCUGGCCUGCGGUGGAGAUGGAACGGUGGGCUGGAUCCUGUCUAUCCUGGAUGAGCUGCAGCUGAGCCCGCAGCCUCCCGUGGGGGUCCUGCCACUGGGGACUGGAAAUGACCUGGCUCGAACUCUCAACUGGGGAGGGGGCUACACUGAUGAACCUGUUUCUAAGAUCCUUUGUCAAGUCGAAGAUGGGACCAUUGUGCAACUGGAUCGCUGGAACCUCCAUGUAGAAAGAAACCCAGACCUUCCCCCUGAAGAACUCGAAGAUGGCGUGUGUAAGCUUCCUCUGAAUGUUUUCAAUAAUUACUUCAGCCUUGGAUUUGAUGCUCACGUCACACUGGAGUUCCAUGAGUCCAGAGAAGCAAAUCCAGAGAAAUUCAACAGUCGCUUUCGAAAUAAAAUGUUCUAUGCAGGGGCAGCCUUUUCUGAUUUCCUGCAGAGAAGUUCUAGAGAUCUAUCCAAACAUGUUAAAGUUGUUUGCGAUGGGACAGAUCUCACUCCAAAGAUUCAGGAACUGAAGUUCCAGUGUAUAGUAUUUUUAAAUAUACCCAGAUAUUGUGCGGGCACAAUGCCCUGGGGAAACCCAGGGGAUCACCAUGACUUUGAACCUCAGCGUCAUGAUGAUGGAUACAUUGAAGUCAUUGGCUUCACCAUGGCCUCUUUGGCCGCCUUGCAAGUCGGGGGUCAUGGAGAAAGACUCCACCAGUGUCGAGAAGUGAUGCUCUUGACGUACAAGUCCAUCCCCAUGCAAGUCGACGGGGAGCCCUGUAGGUUGGCGCCGGCUAUGAUCCGGAUCUCCUUGAGGAAUCAAGCGAACAUGGUACAAAAGAGCAAGAGGAGGACAUCCAUGCCCUUACUCAAUGAUCCCCAGUCUGUCCCAGAUCGCCUGAGGAUCCGGGUGAACAAAAUCAGUUUACAAGACUAUGAAGGAUUCCACUAUGACAAGGAGAAACUUCGGGAAGCUUCAAUUCCUCUGGGUAUUCUCGUUGUCCGCGGAGACUGUGAUUUGGAGACUUGCCGUAUGUACAUAGACCGCUUACAGGAGGACUUGCAAUCAGUUUCUUCUGGCUCCCAGAGAGUUCAUUACCAGAUCUGUGUGGAAGACAGCAAUGUAAGUCACAGCCAGCUGCUACAAGUUCCUCGGCUUCACAAAGGGAAAGAAAGAAAUUCCCCAGAGGAAGACCAGGAAACCUCCUUCCCCAGGGCGCUGUCUGCUCAGAGGCUGUCUCCUCGCUGGUGCUUCCUAGAUGCAACUUCUGCUGACCGCUUUUAUCGAAUAGACAGAUCUCAGGAACAUUUGCACUUUGUGAUGGAGAUUUCCCAAGAUGAGAUUUUCAUUCUCGACCCGGAUAUGGUGGUGUCGCAGCAGGCAGCCCCGCCGCCAGGCAUGCCUGAUCUGGUGGUGGAGCAGGCCUCGGGGCUGUCGGACUGGUGGAAUCCUGCCCUGCGGAAGCGCAUGCUGAGUGACAGUGGGCUGGGGAUGAUCACUCCCCACUAUGAGGACUCGGGCAUGAAGGAUCUCAGCCACUCCCGUGUGCUCCAAUCACCAGUCUCUUCAGAAGAUCAUGCAAUUUUGCAGGCAGUCAUAGCUGGUGAUCUUAUGAAGCUAAUGGAAAGCUAUAAAAAUGGAGGCAGUCUACUAAUUCAGGGACCCGACCACUGCUCGCUCCUUCACUACGCAGCUAAAACUGGCAACGGGGAGAUUGUGAAAUAUAUCCUUGACCACGGACCUUCAGAGUUACUGGAUAUGGUAGACAGUGAAACGGGUGAGACGGCGCUGCACAAGGCUGCUUGCCAGCGGAACCGGGCCGUGUGCCAGCUUCUGGUGGACGCAGGAGCCUCGCUGAGAAAGACGGACUCCAAGGGUAAGACACCUCAAGACAGAGCACAGCAGGCUGGGGACCCAGACUUGGCAGCUUAUCUAGAAAGCCGCCAGAACUAUAAGAUCAUUGGGCAUGAAGACCUGGAAACGGCUGUGUGACCCCAUAGACAGGCAAGGAGAACGUGAGCACGCGUAUCGCCUGAGCCCUCCCGGCUACUGGGCAGCUCUUCUGAAGAAGCUGAUGGAAUCCACAUAUCUGUCUCUCUCCUGCAAGAAUCGAUCGGAGACCAUGCCACCCAUUGUUUAAGGGCUAUCGCAAUGUACAACAGGACAUGAUAGCCCAUUGAGAAGGAGGCCAGGCCACCUGGAGAUUUGUGGAAUAUGAAUUCCACAAAAUGUGAUCCUGUUGCUUCCAGCAAGUAGCAUGACCUUCUGUGUUCACCUGUAUAAUUUAUUUUAAGGAUUCAAAGGAUGUUCAUUUAAAUGGCACUGCUCUCUCCUCUUCCUAUGCAUUCGUCUCUCCCCAGUACCACAUAAUUCUACUGUAAUUACCCAUCAACUAAACAAAAAACAAAAAACACAUAUUUCUCUUCUCUUUCCGAUGAGUCUUUGAAGACCACAAGAUUGUCUGAAGGUCUUUUAAAAACUCCUUUGGAUGUUCCACAGAAACAUAACUGUAAAACCUCUUCCAUUUCCAACACUAAAUAUACCCAGACUACUUAGUGACUCUUUGCAUGUCCUGGCCCCUCCCCUUCCUGUUUCACCAUCUAGGAGCUGGGAAGUGCCACGUGAGUGAUGUCAACUUGCGUGCUAUAUCUCUGAGGUAUGGUGAGGUGGCAUGGGGCCUGACUGUGCUUGUAGGGUCCUCAGAGAGGUUACCCAGGGGUCAGCCCAGAAGCUGGGCUGUGACCAAUCGCCAUGCAGGACUGGUUCAGCUUGGGCUGUUUGGACAGCUCUGUACUGCCUAUGUGUAGCCCUCUUGGCCUUUUGCUGCAACUGAGAUGAGUAAAGGAUUAAACAGAGUCCCAUAGCUAGUUUGCAGAACCACUCAGUUCUAAGUAAAUACUGGGCAGAAACCCUGUGGAAACUGUGGUUACAAGAAAUGGAGCACUCUUAAUGUUUACUUCAAGUCUUUGUAGGGUGAUAACAGAAAGCAAUCUAAUUGACUUGGGUGAAAAAUAACAACAACAACAACAGAACAGGAAAAGCAGAAGUAGCGACAAAAGUCAAGAUAGGACCCUUGAGCAAGAAAACAGCAUUUGGAAUAUUGCACUGUGGCCAUUCUGUGUAGACUCGUGCGUGCAGUGGUGAGAGGUGAUCCAUUUUAGAUUUUCCUUGUAGGUUUUUGAUUUUCGUUACUUCCAGGAAGGCUUGAUUGACUCAAGGACAAAAACCUGUUUAAUAUACUCCACUGCCAGAUUUCCAGCCUACCUGGUUCACUCCGAUAUCUGCUGUACCUAUUACUUAUCAGGUCCUAAGGUCAUGCCCACGAACCCCACUGCCCCAGUAUGAGAUAAUCUCCUCAUAGUCCUUUUGCUGCUUUGUGUUUCUUUAUCAAAAAUUUCUUAAUACAAAAACCACUGUGAGAAUCGAGUGGAUCUGGUAGUGGGAGGAUGAUGUCUUAUGCCACAGAUCAGAGGAGGGUCUGUGAUUGAUGCUUAAGAUAUCAGGAGAAAAAGUUUUCUAACUUUCUGUCCAAAUACUUGACUUCGAUACAAGUCAAAAAUAAAAGCGAAGUGUCCAAGGGUUUUUUUUUUUCUUUUUUCCUUUGGAUAAAUCUAAUGUCUCCUGAGCUUCUUUCUAGUUUGCUCUCAGACACAGCAAAAUGCUUUCCUUGUGUUUCUGCAUGUGAUCAUUUCUGUAUAUUUAAUUUAAUAUCCAGUUGUGACACAUCAUUUAUCUGAAUCAUAUGUUGGUCACCUAUCAUCAUUUUGAAAGUCUGGAUGUGAUAUACUACUAUAUUAAGUUGGAACAGCCUUUCCAUGGGUGGGGAAUUCUGUUACCACAGUCUCUCUCUCCAUCGUUAUUUCAAAAUCAAAUUAUUCACAUCAUUUCCAGCUGUGGGAGAAUGAGUUGCUUGUGAGUAAUUUAUUUCCCUAUAUCAGUCUCAGGAAUGGAGCUCUUCUUUUGGAUUUUCCCGUGAGGGAAAGAACUUUGGAUUGCAGUAGAUUGUUUCCAGAAGCUGGGAAAAAUUAUUCUCUAGGAGAAUUUAAUCAUUGGGCUUCUGCUGGGUGCCCUUUCCGUUGGUGGAACUGUCAAGGAGGUCUUUGAUGACAGAACUAUAAUCUGAUCCUUAAACAGACUGGAACCUGGCUUUGAAAGGUGCCUUCUAUUUCCUGGAUAGAGUCAGACAAUUGGCCCAUGCAGCCAAGUGACCCAGUUGCCAUCACUGCGAUAAAGGACUUAAUUUUCAUCAACUACCAUCUCACAUUUCUCAGCCAUUGCUCCAGAGCAGCCAAGAGAAAAUUUAGGGUACAAGUGGCUCUGUGCCAAUUCAAAUAGGU